ACCUCUCAACGUAUUUCUAAUCCAAGUAGUAACAGCAGCCAACAUUCGAAUAUGACGGAUGCUGCUGCUGAUGAGACUGCAAGCACCUCUAAUACAGAAGCUGAGACGGGGCAUACCUCUCAACAUAGUUCUAAUCAAAGUCGUGAUGGCCAAGAUUCACAUCGAGGGGAUGUUGCUGCAGAUGGGACUACAAGCACCUCUAAUAAUUCGGAAGUUGGGACAAGGCCCACCUGUCGUCAUCCUCCUAAUCCAAGUUAUGACCGCCAACGCCAACAACAUCCUCCAGUUGCUCCAAAAGUUUACGAUAAUGCAUUUAAGUAUGAAGCCCAUGAAUUUUCACUUACAGAGACAAGCCCUAAACUUGGAGGUGGAAGAGUUGCUGGUAGCCGUGUUAUUCAUGGAGAGAAGACUGCAAGCGCCUAUGAUCUAGUUGAACAGAUGUAUUUUUUGUAUGUAAGGGUUGUUAAGGCUCGUGAUCUUCCUGCCACGGAUGCUACAGGAAGGCUUGCUCCAUAUACUGAGGUACGAGUUGGAGACUAUAAAUGGUUUACCAACUACUAUGAAAAGGAACAAAAUCCAGUAUGGAAUGAGGUUUUUGCCUUUUCGGGGGAUCGGCUAAAAUCAUCUGAGUUAGAAGUCAUGGUUAGGGACAAUGAUGUUAGGGAUGAUCAUGACUUUGUGGGGAUUGUAAAAUUUGACAUCCAUGAUGUUCCAUUGCGAGUCCCUCCUGAAUCUGAUAAUCCUCUUGCUCCACAAUGGUAUCGGAUUGAAGACAAUACAGGGCAUAAAGCUAGGGGUGAACUAAUGCUCGCAGUCUGGUUUGGCACCCAAGCAGAUGAGGCUUUCCCCGGUGCAUGGCAUUCUGAUAAUGCAAGCAGUCAUGUUGAUGUCAGACUACUUACCUCCACAGUGCUAGGCUCAAAGGUCUAUCUUGCACCAAGGUUGUGGUAUUUACGUGUUAAUGUUAUCGAGGCACACAACCUGUUUAUUGAUGACAAGAAUCGUUUCCCAUAUGCUUAUGUCCUGGUAAAAAUAGGAAACCAGGUUUUGGUAACACAAAAAAUUCAGGCGCAAAAUCUAAACCCCCUUUGGAAUGAAGAUCUUUUGCCCUUUGAAGAUGAUCUUAUCAUUUCUGUUUACGAUCAUGUGUGUCCCGGAAAAGAUGAAAUCAUUGGGGGGGUCACAAUAGCGCUGCAAUCUGUCGAUAGGCGUGCUGAUGAUUGUAUGAUCCGUGGCCGAUGGUAUAAACUGGAAAAGCCAGUGGCUGUGGAUCAAAAUGAGUCGGAAAGAGAAAAGUUAUCGUCCAGCAUCCAUCUCCGACUUUGUCUAGAGGGAGGAUACCAUGUCGCCAAUGAAUCACCUCAUUAUAACAGUGAUUUACGACCCACAUCAAAGAAGCUAUGGAGGCCAUCAAUUGGGGUUUUAGAGCUCGGAAUCUUGGAUGCUGUAGAGCUUCAUCCAAUGAAAACACGUGACGGAAGGGGCACAACAGAUGCAUACUGCGUAGCAAAGUAUGGUCAUAAAUGGUUCCGGACAAGAACCAUUGUUGGGGAACUGUGUCCAAGAUAUCAUGAACAAUACAUAUGGGAGGUUUUUGAUGUUGCUACGGUUCUUACUGUAGGUGUAUUUGACAACAACCUACAGUUUGGGAAUGACUCCAGACACGCGAUGAUUGGGAAGGUUCGAAUUCGUAUCUCAUCACUGGAAGCAGGCCGUGUUUACACGCACCGAUAUCCACUGCUGGCUGUUCACCCGUCUGGUGUUAAGAAGAUGGGGGAGUUGCAUUUGGCAGUUCGAUUUUCUUGCACCUCUUGUGUUAAAACGCUUUACUCCUACUCACAGCCACAGAUGCCCAAGAUGCACUACUUAAGGCCCAUCACGGCGGAGCAGCUUGACACAUUAAGGAUGAAUGCUAUUUACCUAGUCCAAGCACAGUUUUCUCGAGCUGAUCCUCCACUGAGAGGGGAAGUGGUGGAAUACAUGUGUGAUGGGAACUGCCAUUUUUGGAGCAUACGACGGAGUAGAGCAAAUUUUUCUAGGCUAGCGACAGCUUUGUCCGGAGUCAUUUCUGCAGGCAAAUGGUUUUGGGAAAUUUGCAUGUGGAAGAAUCCCAUAAUGACAGUUCUUGCCCAUGUUUUCUUUCUCAUGCUCGUUUGCUUCCCACAACUAAUUCUGCCCACGGCUUUUCUUUGCAUGGUUCUAUCUGGGUUAUGGAACUUCCGCUUCCGGGCUAGGUAUCCUCCCCACAUUAACAUAAAGCUCUCACAACUUGAGCUCGUGACCAUUGAUGAGCUGGAUGAGGAAUUCGACACUUAUCCGACCAGCCGGAAUAUGGAGCUGGUGAGAAUGAGAUACAAUCGGCUGAGGAGCAAUGCUAGUAGCGUUCAGGCUCUAGUGGGUGAUGUGGCUAUUCUGGCGGAGCGAUUUCAGUUGCUGUUAAGUUGGCGAGACCCGCGUGCCACUGUCGUCUUUGUAACAUUUUGCGUUGCGGUUACCUCAGUGUUAUAUCUGACACCAUUCAAAGCGGUGGCUGCAGGCGCAGGGUUGUUUGUCAUGAUGCCUCCAAGAUUUCGCCAUGUGUUGCCGUUAGCAGCAUUCUUCAACUUCUUCAGCAGGCUGCCUACUAAGACUGAUACCAUAUUUUGA